UUGUCCAGUACUAUCACCGACAGGACGAAUAAACAACGUCAAGUGCAGUAAUUUUACAUGCGGUUGUCCCGACAAAACAUAUUACAGCAAUGAAAUUUUUUAUUAUCCAGCUUGUUUGAUGGUAGUUUUUGGCUGUUUCUCGACCGACUUAAUAUGCCAAGAGGAACAAAUUUCGAAAGGAAAGUCGCAAAACAUGCAUUAUAACUGUUCUUGGAUAGACCAGACACAUGGCAAUACCACUUGUACCCACAUGCAACCGCAACAGACAGUCUCAACAAACUGCAGCGAUAUACUUAGCAUCUCUAUUAUGGUUCCUAUUUGUAUUAUUCUUUUAGUUAUCCUGACGUUUACUUGCAUCAAACAGCGCUUGAAAGAUUUUUAUAUGAAUAUCAGUAGGGAUAAAGAGAGAGGAUUGGAAAUCGAAGCAACUUCAUUAAUUAAGGAUUCAGGGGGAGAUAUUAAGGGAGGUCAACAAAGUGCAGAUUUGGAAAAUGGAAGUACGUCAAAAAAUAACAAGUGUCAAAAUGAUAUAAAGACGUUCACGUCUGUGGACAACGACAAAGUUAUAUUUGUCGAUUUCGCAGUUGAAGAUUCAGAAAUAUUUUUCCUCUUGAAAAGACAGUGUAAAAAUGGAGUAUUAAGAGGGUUUAGUUACCUUAAUGAAACAAGAAUUAAAAAGAAGAAGAAACAUAAAAUUUUCUGUCAGCGAGACGAAGUAGGAUGCACAUUAUUGCAUUAUGCUGCCCAAGGAGGAUCUAUUGCUAUACUUAAAGAAAUUAUUAAAACCAAUUCUGAGGUAGAAAUUGACAUUAAAUGUUUUCAUGGACAGACCGUUCUUGGCUACGCAAUCAAAUACCAACAGAAAGACAUGUGUGAGUUCUUAAUUAUUGAAUACAAGGACCUUUUACUGGAUAACUCAAUUUCUACUUGUACAUGCCAAGGAAUAAAACCAAUUCACUGGGCUGCAUGGCACGGUGAUUUAAGUAUCCUGUGUUUCCUAAGACAGAAUAAUGUUCAUCUAAACGCAAAAACAAAGAACGGCUUAAAUAUAUUAGAUAUAGCAGUUAUGAGGAACAAAUACGAAUUUUGUGAAAGCAUGAUAAACAAUGAAAAUAUGAUACAAGAUAUUAAACUUGAUGAGUGUGGAUGGAAUAUAGCACAUUAUGCAGCCUAUGCAAAUAAUGUCAACGUUUUAAAGCUUUUAAAAUCAAAAAACGAGAGCUUUAUCUUGGCUAAAACAAAAACGAUGAAGACAACUCUACAUAUCGCUUGUGAGUAUGGACAUCUUGAAGUUGUUAAAUUUAUCACUGAAAAUUUUGAAGAUCUCCUGCAAUGCACCGACGAUCUUGAAUGGAAUGCGCUUCAUUAUGCUGGCAAGGGUGGAAAUCUACAAGUUCUUCUUUUACUGCAGAAAAAGGGUUUGAUUAUUACAUCUCCGACAAAGGAAGAGAAAACGGUACUUCACAUAGCAUGCACUCAUAAACAGGUAAACAUUUGUAGAUAUGUGGCUGAGGCAUUUUAUAAAGAUCCCCAGAAACGAGACCUAAUAAAUAAGAAGACAACAAAUCAAUGGUGGAUGGCUGCUCACUAUAUCGGGGUUGAGAGGAAAGGGGAUGGGAGUGAGGAGGAAAUCGUUGAUAUUCUGUUUGGUUACGAAGCAGAUCUGUCUGGAAAGACGAAGCAAGGAUGGUCGGUUCUUCGUAUUGCAAUGGAUCAUUGCAAUACACGCCUCGUAAAGCAUCUUUUGUCUAAAACAUAUAGAAAUAAAUUGAAAAUUUCAGAAGAAAUACUUUUCGAUUAUAUAAAAAAUACAAAAGAUGAAAGCAUUCAACGAAUUCUUCACGAUACUUUAGGUGAAAUGAAAACCGAAUGAUAAAAUAAAAUUGUCAUUUUGUUAAUGCUAUAUAAUUUGAUGACAUAAAGAAUGUUGUGUUUUCUUUUUCAGUAGAUUAAUGGUUUGGUUGAUUACUUUACAAAACAUUUCAUUAUUUAAAAAAUAUUUGAAACAUUAAAAUAUAUGUAGCAUUUAUAGAACGUGGACGUUGUUUUAAAAGUUCAAAAGAAUAAAAAAAAGCGAAAUAUAUCUGAUGUAGCAAAUGUACUAGUAUUCAAUUUUAUAUGACUGAUUUACA